AUGUCUUUGGAGGGGGCCCCGCAGACACGCCCCUGUCCCCCCGGCCCACAGUCACGCCCCUGUCUCUGGAGGGGGCCCCGCAGACACGCCCCUGUCACCGGUGGGGGCCCCGCAGACACGCCCCUGUCCCCCCGGCCCACAGACACACCCCUGUCACCGGUGGGGGCCCCGCAGACACGCCCCUGUUGCCCCGGCCCACAGACACGCCCCUGUCUCCGGAGGGGCCCCCCACAGACACGCCCCUGUCACCGGUGGGGGCCCCGCAGACACGCCCCUGUUGCCCCGGCCCACAGACACGCCCCUGUCUCUGGAGGGGGCCCCGCAGACACGCCCCUGUCCCCCCGGCCCGCAGACACGCCCCUGUCUCCCCCAGACCAGACUCGGGCCCCCAUUGGACCGGACCAAAGCAUCUGCGUCUCUCGGUGGCAGCUGUGCUCUGCGUAA